AUGAGGAUUUUCUAUGCAAAGGAAAGGGCUCUUGAUAGGAUUAAUGGUCCAUGGAAUGAGAGUUUACAGUUGCUUUACACCUUCAAAGCUGAAGUGGAGACGGCUAGUCCAGGGAGUGUUGUAGAGAUUGACAAGCAUACAGUUAAGUACAAAUUAAAAGGGAAGUCACUGGAGAAGGAGGGCUUCAGGAGGGCUUUUGUUUGUUUCAAGGCUUGCUGGCAGGGGUUUCUGAAUGGUUGUAGGCCCUAUUUGGCUGUUGAUGCAACUGCUUUGAAUGGAAGAUGGAGAGGCCAGCUAGCAGCAGCUUGUGCAGUUGAUGGACACAACUGGCUAUUCCCAGUUGCAUUUGGUGUGUUGGAGGUAGAGUCCGAGGAGAGUUGGUUCUGGUUUCUGCAGCAGUUGUGCAACAUUAUAGGUACACCCUCAGGUUUAGUUAUACACACAGAUGCUUGCAAGGGUUUAGAAACUGCAGUAGAAAUUCUAUUCCCUGGAGUGGAACAUAGGGAAUGUAUGCGACACCUAGCGCAGAAUUUUAAAAAGAAAUUCAAAGGCAAAGUUUAUGAUGAGAAUCUAUGGCCAGCAUCAUACACAUGCAGCGUGAGGAAGCAUGAGCACCAUUUGAGAGUGUUGUAUGCUCACAAUCCUUUGGUGAAGGAGUACAUGGAUGAACAUCAUGGAAAGGUGUGGUCAAGAAGCAAAUUCAAUGAAAUCUGCAAAGUAGACUAUGUGACCAAUAACCUCGCUGAGUGUUUCAAUGCAAAGUUCAAGUCAGUGAAAGGGCUUUUGUUGUGGCAAGCAUUUCAUAAGAUCAGGAAGAUGAUCAUGACAAAGAUAGCUCUUCGUAAAAGAAUUGCAGAAACACAAUAUGUUGGCUAUCUUAUGCUCCCAUCUCUAAUUAAGGCAUUGCAUGCCAAGGCAAGAGGACUAAGGAUGAAAUGCAUUCGACCGUCGACAUACGAGGCUGAGGUGACAUACACUAACAGUAAAAAUAUGGAAUGGAGAUAUCCAGUGAACCUUGCAACUAAUGAAUGCAGUCGUAGGCAAUGGCAGAUCCGCGGGAAGCCGUGCAUACAUGCCCUACAUCUCAUGACUAUUAUUGGAGGUGAAGAUGGUGAAGUUGAUCAGUAUUGCUCUGAAUAUUUCUCUGUUUCCAAAUUUAGGGUUGCUUAUGCUGAAAAUGUGCCUGCACUCUUGGGAAAAGACCAAUGGAACAUAGUAGACCCAGGGUUCAAACUCCGUUCUCCUGUACUGACUAGACCACCAGGAAGACCAAGGAAAAACAGGAUAAGAGUUGGUGAAGAGGGUCGCGUAAAAAAACAACGUAAGUGCAAAAGAUGUGGUAUCCUAGGGCAUAUUGCUAGGUGA